UGGAAUGCACUUCCACUCAUGCACAGUAACGUCUGUUGACAACAUACCUGACCUCCUGUGGGAAGUGGCACUUUUUAUUACAUCCCUGAGAGCUGUAACAAGCAGACAACAUGAAGCCCAAAUCUCUUACAUCAAGGUUGUUUGACAGAAAUCCAGCAGCAGCAGAGACUCUGAACAUACGAGCAGCGAAAUAUCAACGGCAUGUGGACUGUGCAGAUCACCAAGAGAGUCUCUAUCACUCUGGCCACAAUAAUCAGCCAGUGGGGGACAACGGCAGACAAAAUGAGAAGUGCCACAGAGAAAUUCAUUUUGCAUUUCUGCCGGAGAGGUAUGAGCCGCUGAUGGAUGAUGAGGCACAAGUCAAGGCGAAAGAAGAGAAGAAGAAAAGGAAAGAAAUGUACAAAAAAGUAAAGAAGAAUGUUGGCAAGGCACUGCGCUCCACCUGGAAGUGUCUAAUGCUUGGUCUGUACAAUUUUGCCCUCGGCUACUCUACCCCGAUCACAGUGGCCGCUAAUUUUGUGCCUGACUUUCACCCAGGCAGAAACACGACCUGAGCUGAGCCACGUGCAUCUCCUCCAGUUUCUUUGCAAACUGUACUGUACAUACCAUGUAAACCAAUUGACAUUGACCAAAGACUUUUAAUAUGUUUAUAAUGAAUGUGUAUUUGAAAUUCCAUUUUUAUAUUUGUUUCCGCAAAUUGUAAUCAAAAUAUGCUUAUUGUGCUGUAGGCAACUAAUUGUUAAAGUUAUGCCUUUGUAAAAUAGUCCUUUUUCACAGCAGACAUUUUGACUCAUCAAAGAAGGAAAAGCACAGGUGUUACUUCUAACACUGAUGAUGGCUCUGUUCCAAUCAACUGCCCCAGCCAUCAUUCAUUUCGUUAUUUACACCUUUGUGUUUCCUACAGUGAGAUGUUGUUGAUCUUAUUAAUUGAAUUUGAAAUCCUAAUGUCCAGCUGUCCAUGCUUUCUUUAUGUAUGUAUGUACUCCUUAAAGUACACCUCAAAAUCAAAAAUACGUAUUUUUCCUCUUACCUGUAGUGCUAUUUAUCCAUCUAGAUUGUUUUGAUGCGAGUUGCCGAGUUUUGGAGAUAUCGG